AUGGACCCGAGCGCCCUCCUGCUGGACGCGCUGAGGGCACUGUGCGGCACGGGGCCGGGCCAGGCGGGGGUGGUGCAGGCCAUGGCCUUCGGCAACUACGACGCCACCUCGGGCACGGGCUGGGCGCUGCUGCGUGCCCGCCGCGCGAGCGGCGAGGGCCUCCGCGGCGGGUGGCGGCCGCGCGUGGGCUCCUACGCCGUGGCCGCCGGGCCAGACGGCGGCCCGCUGGGGGCUGCGGUGGAGGGCGAGCUCAGCCGUCGGGCGGAAGGACUGGCCUGGGGUGCCCUGGCCGUGAUGUGGUACCACGGAUCUUCCAUUGAAGGUUGGUCCGGGACCAGGUCGAGCCCUGCCUACAAGCGUGCACGGUCCGAUGCAGCAGACCCCGCCCCCACAGUACGGCGCUAG